AUGGCAGAAGCAAGCAAUAAAGAGGGUGAAACUAUACCUUCAUUUUUGGUAGUUCAAGGACAAGUUCAUCUUUCCAAUUGGUAUACCGAAACUGAUUUUCCUGUGGAUUGGGCCAUUAAACCUAUUUUCAAUGGAUGA